AUGUCUACAAAGCAUGCGCCUCAGGUCUUGUUUUUCGACACGUUCGGUACCGUCGUCGAAUGGCGAUCUUGUGUCACAAAAGCCCUGCGUACCGCUGUUCAAAAUGCACUAGAAGAUCCAAGCAAGGACCUUUCGGAGGAUGUACGCCAGCGUGCAGCCAAUAUGAGUGAACCAGAUUGGCAGUCUUUCGCCCAGGAAUGGCGGUCGUCAUACAGCGUCUUCACCAAAACAUUCGACCCCUCCAAGGAAUUUGUGUCUGUUGACCAGCAUCAUUACACCGCUUUACAAGAUCUUCUUCAGCAACGAGGGAUUCGAGAGCUUUUCAAUGAUGACGAGCUAUGGGAGCUGGCUUUAGCCUGGCAUCGGCUUGCCCCAUGGCCCGACAGCGUUUCGGGACUAAAGCUUCUAAACACCACAUCCAUCACUUCCACCUUAUCAAAUGGGAACUUGGCUCUCCUCGAAGAUCUCAAGCAACUUGGUCAAUUGCCGUUUAACCACCUCAUCAGCGCAGAGAACUUUGCAGCGUACAAACCAUCGCCAAAGGUCUACCUUGGUGCAGCAGAUCUCCUUGGACGGGAUCCGGCUCAGUGUGCGAUGGUGGCGGCACAUCUUCAGGAUCUAGAAGCAGCCAAGGAAUGCGGGUUUCAGACCAUUUAUGUAGAGCGAGAAUUGGAGGAGGCCUGGCCCGCCGACCGCAUUGCACAGGCCAAAGCAGAAGGCUUUGUUGAUAUUUGGGUGGGAUUAAAUGAAGGUGGAUUUGUUGAAGUGGCCCGGCGACUUGGAAUUGAAUCUAACGUCUGA